ACACCCCACGUACCGGAAGCUCACUUUUCUGUUGUUACACUGGAAGAAAAUGGCUGCUGUGAGUUUUUUUAUUAUUAUUAUUUUGUUUUCAGAGAAGACACUGAAAUAAUUUAGCAUUUUUUUUGCCCCGAUUUACUGAAAUCGCGCCGUUUUACGAUGCACGGAGGCCUUAAUAGUGCAUAAAAAGGGAUUGAAUGGUCUGCCGGCGGGAUGACAGUGGUGUGAUCGCCACAGCAGCAGCUCCUGUCAAAGCAACUGGUGGCGGCCACGAUGCAACACAUUUUGGAAUAUGCGUUGGAUCGAGCAGAGUACAUUGUGGAAAGUGCCCGCCAAAGGCCAGUCAAAAGGAGAUGCUCGUCCAGUGGACGGAAGUCUCUGAAUCAGAAGCUCUAUGAACUGUACAUUGAAGAGUGUGAAAGGGAGCCGGAGUUAAAGAAGCUGAGGAGGAAUGUCAAUCUACUGGAGAAGUUGGUCUCCCAGGAGUCUGUGUCGUGUCUUGUGGUCAACCUCUACCCUGGGAAUGAAGGCUACUCCCUGAUGCUCAGGGGAAAGAAUGGAUCCGACUCUGAGACGAUCCGGCUGCCUUACGAAGAGGGGGAGUUGCUGGAGUAUCUGGAUGGAGAGCAGCUUCCGCCAGUCCUCUUAGACCUUUUGGAGAAGGCCCAGGUGAACAUAUUCCACAGUGGCUGCGUCAUCGCAGAAAUCAGAGACUACAGGCAGUCUGGGAACACUAAGAUGCCUCUGUACCAGAACCGGUACAUCCUACUGCGGCCGACCAUGCAGACCUUGAUCUGUGACGUCCACACCCUAACAAGCGACCAUCACAAAUGGACGCAGGAUGACAAACUGCAGUUGGAGAGCCAGCUGAUCCUGGCCACGGCAGAGCCCUUAUGCUUGGACCCCUCCAUUUCUGUCACCUGUACAGCAAACCGCCUGCUCUACAAUAAGCAGAAGAUAAACACGCGAUCCAUGAAGCGGUGUUUUAAGAGGCACUCAAGAGCAGCACUAAACCGGCAGCAGGAAAUGGCCCACUACCCUCCUCCCCCCCAACUGCGUCUCUAUGAUUACCUGCAGAAGAGAAAGGAGCGAAAGCCGGCCCCCUCGAUAGACCUCAAGAUCUCCAAAGCUGGAAAUUGUGUAGAUAUGUGGAGAAGAAACAGCUGCCAGCUAACCGCCCCAUCUGAAGUCGACGUGGAGAAGUAUGCUGUGGUGGAGAAAUCCGUCAAGCUGGAAGACGCUCAGCCCUCUGUCUGGCCGGCUGAGGACAUGAAGGACGACUAUCUUUUCGAGUGUGAAGUGGGCGGCCAGGUGCAGAAGACAAAAGUGACCAUCUUCCAGUCUGUGGGCGACCCCCAGGUUUAUGGGGAGAUCUACACUGCCAAGGACCCCAAAUUAGAAGACGGGGGGAGCAACUUGCAUCUCAUUCAUCCACCUUUCUUAAUGGGAUCAAAGAUUGAUGCUGAUAGGUUUCUGAAUCAGUACAAAGAGGUGUACGAGCGAGACGUCAAGUGUCAAGUGAAGAUGUCGCACAACCCGGAGAGCACGGGAGGGGGGCGGAGCCAAGCAUCCCCUGGGGGGGAGCCGGAGGCCGAUGGCUAUUCACUGCUCGUUCAGCCUGCCAUGUUGGGGAAGACGCUGAAACACCGGCCCCCGCCCAUCAAGCUGCCGUCUGUCGCCGCUAGCAGCUCCUCCGCAGGUCCUCCAUACUCCUCCCAGACGUCCAGCAGCCAGCUGAAGUGCACAACGCCCCCUCCCUCCAAGGCACAACCUCUGACCCGGAAGCACUCCCUGGAACUGGGCCAAGUGGGUUUGGUGUCGCCCGCGGCGCUGUCACCCCUGGGAUCCUCUCAGAGAUCAGGGACCCCCAAGCCGUCAACGCCGACGCCCACCAACACCCCGUGCUCCACGCCCCACCCAGCGGACGUACAGGCGGCCACGCCCUCAGUCACGCCCACCCCUCCAGACAUUGCCGUGGCCCCCCAGCCUGCCCUGCUGGCCCCCUUCGCGCAGCAGCAGAUGGCCCUCAGCCAGGCCCUGCCGGUCAUGACGAUACCACUGUCCUCCAUGGCCACUUCCAUCACCACCGGCACCUCCUCCUCGCAGGUCAUGGCCAACCCCACUGGGCUCAACUUCAUCAACGUGGUGGGAUCCGUCUGCGGCCCGCAGACCCUGAUGAGCGGCUCUAACCCCAUGCUGAGCUGCAACCCUGGUGCACUCACCCCAGGGAUCAACCUUGGUGGGAUUCUGCCCCCUGCUGGCCUCAUGCCCACCAUGCAGCCCACAGCACAAGGAGGGAGUCCCUUUGGCCUGGGUAAUUCUCCAGGCCUUCGCCCCUUGAAUCUGCUCCAGAUACCUGCAACCCCACUGAUAUUCAACCCCCUCCAGCAGCAGGUCUCGCAGUUCUCCCCCCAGCAGCAGAGCAGUCAGUCAGCCACCCCCAGCCCCCAACAGCAGGGGGAGCCGGUUGAUCAGGGAGCAGCAGGUCCAGACCAGAGUCUGGGAAGUCAAGCCCAAGCAGCAGUGAUAAACCUGGGGGGUUUCAUGUCCCCCCAGGCAGCAGUGCUGUCCCAGCUGGGCUGUGGCCCGGACAGGCCUGGGCCGAGUCUGCCAUCUCCGAAGCUCCAGCUGUCCUCUGCCUUACAGCAGCAGUACCAGCCGCAGCUACAAUUGCGAUUCUUGCAGCACCAAACGCAGCAGCAGCAGCAGCAGCAAACGGCUUUGGCGGCGGGGGCGCGGCCACAUUCCGCCAGCCACCCAAGAAGUAAGAGGAAGCGCAGCACGCCGCAGUCACUGCCCAAAUCGUGACCAUGGCAACCGGCAUCAUCACUGGAACACUGGCGAACUCUCAUUUCCAUCAGACUGUUCCCCGCACUCAUGUCUGCUUCUACUGGAACAUACCAGCUUUUUUCGGGUUAAACACUUCAGCGGCCUUGCAGAUUCUGCCAUCGCAGGGCUUCGAUUAUCCUUGAGACAAGGCUCCCCUUUUAGCCCCAAGAAAUCUGGGCUUAUCAUAAGCUCCAGAAGAUCUUCCCUGACCUGCUUCCGGAGACCCUCUAUCCCUUUUCCUGAGCCGCCAACACGCUGUCUCAUUAGGUACUUAAUGAAAAAGCUAAACACGCUAAAGGUAUGUUACUGUGUUUUUGAUUAAUCCUGAAUGGCUGAGAUGGAAAUCUAAUGUUAAACAGAUUUUCUGCUCUGCUCAGGCCAUGCAAUAAUGAAAUCUAUACCUGUUAAGAGCAGGGCGGGGUAUUGGGCAGAUCAGUCAGAGCUAUUCAGGAACCAGGAACAGAAGCAAUCUCCGGAAUCAGGCCCAAGGAGCCCUAAACAUCACCAUUUUUGACAUGUAACUUCCAGUUGACCCGUUUUAAAACCUUCACCUUUUAUCCAUGGAGAAUGUGUAUAUUCGUAUGGAAUCGCGUGCAUUUGAUGUUUCCGGACCCAGAUACAGAUUUUUGUAAGAGUUAUUUGUCAGUAGUUUUAUUGCGAUAAAAAAAGAAUAUAUAUUGACAGUGGAAAAUACAACUUUUAGAGAAAAGAGCAAA